ACUGAUGUGGAUGCGGUCAUGGACUUGGAUCUCAUGCCACUGGCCAUGGACUAGGUUCCACAGGGUACUGACUUCACCAAGGGUUCAUGUUUUACACACAGCUAGAUGGAAAUGGAGUGUGUAUAUUUAUUCAGCUCUUCUUGGACCUCCUACCAGUGACUUAGGCUGAUUUCUCCACCCAUUGUUGACCUCAGCUGGCAAUUUGCCCUGAACAAUCUCCUUAUGCUUUUAAUGGUGAUCUCAUGCUCUGUCCCUGCGGGAGAAGGGGACUUGGGCUGACACUGUCAGGCCGUGUCUGGAUCAGAUGCCUCCCCUCUUUGGCCACCUGAUUUUGCUGAGACAAGGAAGGCUUCGGUGGUUAGCAGUCAAAAAUUUGUGAAAUAAUUGGUCAGGAGAAAGUAGAUCUGCUAUGAGAGGACAGGAGUAGCUAGCUAUCUGCUUACACUGAGAAUCCUUCAAAUUCAUUUAAAUACUGCAGCACAGAAUAGUUUAAACUUGAUUGUAUCUACGUUGUGGAAUUAAUGCAGUUUGAUACCACUAAUUGCCAUGGUUCAAUGGUAUGGAAUUGUGGUAUUUAUAGUUUAACAUCUUCUCUGCCAAAGAGUGCAGGUGCCUCACCAAGCUACAAAACCCAGAUUCCAUAACACUGAGCCAUGGCAGUUUAAGUGUAGUCAAACUGCAUUUAUUCUAUAGUAUGGAUCCACCCCUGUUUUUAAGAGGUUUUCUUCCAGAUCUUAUGUUGGCUUAGGUAAAGGUAAAGGUAAUCCCCUGACAUUAAGUCUAGUCAUGUCAGGGUUGGUGCUCAUCUCCAUUUCUAAGCCGAAGAGCCAGUAUUGUCCAUAGACACCUCCAAGAUCAUGUGGCCAGCAUGCCUGCAUGGAGUGCUGUUACCUUCCUGCCAAAGUGUUACCUAUUGAUCUACUCACAUUUGCAUGUUUUCGAACUGUUAGGUUGGCAGAAGCUGGGACUAACAGCAGAAGCUCCCCCCGCUCCCCAGAUCUGAACCACCGACUUUCGGUCAGCAAGUUCAGCAACUCAGCGGUUUAACCCACUGCCCCACUGGGGGCUCCGUGUUUGCUUAUUCCGAAGUAAAUAUUGCCUCCCAAAUAAAAGUGCAUAAAUUGCAGCCUUGGAUAGUGGUUAAUUUUAGCAAUGCUGAAGUUAAUCUAAUUAUUGAGCCUCUUUUACCCAAAAUGAUACAUAUUUUGUGCCUAUACUCAGCAAUAGCUGUGUUUCUUAAUCUGAUAUCAGAUACCAACCACAAUACAAAAGGGGCACUUAUUUUAGCUCUGAGUCAAAACAGAUUGUUGCUUCAUUUCCCCCAUAUGAUACAACACACAUAGGAAACAUAUAUCUUGAUUUUCCACAUCUUGACAAAAGCCUCCAAAGAAGGAGCUUCCACCACAGCCCGGGGGAGAGAGUUCCACUGACAAACAGCUCUCACAGUGAAGAAAUUCUUCCUGAUGUUCAGGUGGAAUCUCCUUUCCUGUAGAUUGAAGCCAUUGUUCUGUGUCCUAGUCUCCAGGGAAGCAGAAAACAAGCAUGCUCCCACCUCCCUAUGACUUCCACUCACAUAUUUAUACAUGGCUCUCAUGUCUCCUCUCAGCCUUCUCAGAGGGGUAGCAUGACUUCAAAAUGUCCAUCAAGGUGUGCAUGCAUUUUCUCUGUAUUACACUCAUUUUAAUAGAAGGUAAAAUGGAAUAUGCAUCCAAAUGCAAGAGAAUAUGUCCUAUGCACUACAACAGAGAAGCAAUAUUUGUAAACCAGCGUGGGAAGAAAAUCAGAAAGCUAGGUCUCAAUUUUCUUUUGACAAAGGUUGUGCCUGAAGGGUUAAGGCAGCCUUGACGCAAGCAUCUAUUGUCCAAGAAGCUGGAGAGCCAGUUGGUGACAAGAGGCAGAUGCUGAUGAGGGACCAUGUGAGGCUGGCGCAGUGAAUGGGGCUUUAUUAUUGUGUGGGGUCUCUGCUUCUCUCACACUCUUUGCUGCCAGCCAGCACUAGAAGCCAGGGCAUUGCUAAGCAAAGAGAUGCUGUUAUGACCUGUUCCAGGAGCCCUAGCACCGCGAGGUUUAAUGCUCAAGAAAAGGGCCCACUUGCAUAAGGGCCAAGCUUGCCAAAGGAGUAUUCACGACUGCAGACAGCAUAUAUGAGUGGAAGUUCUUGGAAUCCCUCCACAAUUUCAGAGUCAUCUGGACCGUGUUGCUGACAAUAGGAUGACACUUUGCGGACUUUGAGUGGAAAGUCAUUUCAAAGUAGGACCUUUGACGAGAGCCUUGGAAACCAUGUCUCCACUGUAAGAAUCCACAAAGAAGAGGCUUUAAUUUGGGAAUAUAAACAUAGCUUUACUAGAGCUGACCAAUGUAGCCUUUGAGCCUUGUGAGAUAAAUAUCUGGAAGCUGGUGAACUUGGAAAUGUGUAUGCUACAAAAUGCAGAAACAGGCUUUGCUUUCUGCCUUCGACAGAGGAGCCUGACGUCUUCUUCUGCCUAGAACCCAGAUUACAUGUAAUAAGCAACAUAAACAGAUGGGCUGCUCCCUUUGGACUCUAGCAUUGCUUGCCAUAACAGGUGCAAAGUGAGGGUUGCGGACUUCACUCUCUGGGAAAUGUCCUGCCUUCCUGGCGUAUUAUAGCCAUAACGGACACCUAGAAUAGCAGCUUGUAUCAUCCUUUUUGUGUAUGAGCUAAGUAAGUGUCCACCAUGCCUGAGUUGGAGUUAUUGGGGGCACCCAGACCCCCUCCCAAUGCCAACCAGAUCCAAAGGAAUAUCAUGGAAGAACACGUGGAGCUGUGGUGGUUCCAGGAGCCCCGGAAAUCAUCCAUUUGCUAUGGUGUCGCUGUGGUCCUGAUUCUGGCCUGUGGGGUAGGUGGCAUUGCCUUGUUGUACAGCACUAGCAGCCGCUCUGGGGAGUGGAGGCUGGCGGUAGGCACCACGCUAUGCCUGCUGGCUCUCUUGGUGUUGCUGAAACAGCUGCUGAGCUCUGCCAUCCAGGACAUGAAUUGCAUUCGCAGUCGAGAGCAGGUUGAGCUGCUGAAGAGUGGCGGGGCCUCAGACUGUGCUGUGCUGCUGCUGACGGCCCUGGUGCUACUGGUGUGUGGCACAGUGCUCACAGUGUUGUCCACCACCAGCAUGGGCACCAACACAACUCCACGCCCCCUUGCUAGCAUGUUUGUCAGUGGCAUUGUGCUCACAGCCUCUGGAGCAAUCCUCCUGCUCAGUGUGCUCCUGUAUUUCAUGUGGACUUCCUGCUGUUCAGUUGGACCUCGGACCCGGGAUGCUGGCAACAACCAUGCUGUCUUCAUGAUAUCUGGACGCAUCUCAGCUGACCAGCGGCUGCCUCCUACCUCCAGCAUGGCAAAUCUCAUUUAAGCCUCAAAACAACAGACAGUGGCUCCUGUGGGAUUGAAGCUGGACACUGAAGUGGCAUUUGCACUUUACAUCACACUCACACAGAUGGUACUGAGGUGAACCCGGUCACAUCAUAGGCCUUCUUCCACAGGGCUGGGUUGCUGCCAAGGGAGAAGACUGGGCUUGCUGGCACAACUCAGCACCAAAUGCUAUGAGAUGUUUUGACACAGGGAGAAAAAUAAUCAUUGGGGGUUUUUUUAAAGUGGUUUCUGGGAUAACAAAAAUUAAGGAUCUUCAAUUUGAAAUAAGUGUGAUACAAUGUUAUUCAUUUCAGAGAAAUCCAACUUAGCCCUAGUUAUGAUUACUGAAUCUAUCAAUUGCAUUCAAAAGAUCUGGAAACUCACUUUUAUGAAAACAAAAGCUGAAUUUGAUUCACAAUGCCUAUUACUGUGCCCGUGUGGUAUUAUUUUCAGAGCCAUUGAAUGCACACAGCUCUGUUCUUGAUAACCUACUGGUAAUUAUGUAGGUUAAAGACUACGUAAGAACCUAAACAUAUAGGUAGAGAAGUGGCUAAGUUUCACACGAAAUGUUUUAAUCAAUUCUUGUUUUGAUCUUCCUAGCCAGAAUACAGAGGUGGAUGGCAAAGAACACACUGUAAUGUCAAAGGCUUUCAUGGCUGGAAUCAUUGGAGUGUUGUGCGGUUUCUGAACUGUAUGGGCAUGUCCUAGCAGCAUUUUCUCCUGACAUUUUGCCUGCAUAUGUAGCUGGCAUCCUCUGAAGAUGCCAUCCACAGAUGCAGGUAAAACGUCAAGAGGAAAUGUUACUAGAACACAGUCAUACAGUCUGAAAACCACACCACACAACACUGCAAAGAACAUACUAUUUCUAUUCAUUACUGGCAUUUGAGAAGCUCAGUAGGGAAGAGUGAGGCAUCUUGAUCUAAAAGCCCCUGGCAUAAAACCAAAUCUACAGAACAUUUUAGUUGAAGAGAAUUCAUAUACAUGUUCAGUUAUCAAUCUGUGUAUGACCAUUGUGCAUGAAUGAAAGCAUUAGUACAUUAGUACAGGAUAUAAAUUACCAUACAGGAUAUAAAAUCUAUUUGCCAUGCACAAGACCUCUAUGAGAUAUAAAUAAUUGUGAUUGGCUAAGUAUAUUAGAAACUGGCUUGCCUUAAACCCAGAACAAGAUUACUUUGAGGGCAGAUGGGAGAAGGGUUUUUUUCACCCUUCAGAGUCCGAUACAUACAGGCAUAGCUGAGUUUGUUAAAUCCUUAAGGAUUUUACCCCUAAAAGCUACAGACAAUAUAACCAAGGGUAAGUGAUAAGCACUGUGGUCCAAAAUAUACAGGCCAGUAUGUUUUCCACGUCCAUCCAUUUCUAGUUAAAUGUUCCUCAAAAGCUGGGAAAUAAACUCAGAUUAGUGGGUGACCAUAUGUCCAAAAAUUGCUUGAAGCUGGACUCUGUAAAAUGCUGAUAAAAGCAGCAAGAUCCUGUGCUCAUGGAUGGCCAAUUUUAGACAUAUGAGCCACAGUCCUGCAUCAGGAGAUAUAGCUACAACAGACUCCUGUUAACUCCCACCCACUCACCUUUUUCAACUGAAGUUCAUCAUCCACAUCCAUUUUCCAGGUGGAGAGAGUAAGGGGUGGCAACAAACAAACAUCCAGCUCUUUUCCUGUAGUGGGAUACAGUUCACAGGCAUCGCCAAGAAGCUCUGCAGUUUCUUCAGGUGUCCCAUUUGUUGAUGUAAAUGCUUUUUUCCAACUGUGGGAAGACAGCUGGCUGAUUCUCUGUUGGGUCUCCACUGAGCAAUAAAUGGCUGUGCUUUCAGGACUGCAGCUAAGGUGAGUUUGGGAGGGAUGCAGUCAGCAGAGAAAUCUGGACUCAACAAUGACCAAAAGUGAUUUGCCUAUGUCCAACAUAUUUCACAAUAAUUCACAAUUGUAUGCCAGUCAUGUUUAGGUGGCAUCAAUUGCCUCAUCAGGAUCCUGUUCUAAAAAUGGUAUAGGAUCCACUCCCUUCUCUUCUUUUUUUGUAUCUAUAGCAAAAAUGUUAGACAGAAUCAACAGGUCUUACUCAUCCUGUGACAAGGAGACCUAAAUUUGAUUUUUGAAUCCGAGUGUAAUUUUGGCUAGUAUUCAGUCUGAGCCAAUUCAUGGCUUGCACCAGGAAUGGUUUUAUGUUUCAUGACCAAGACAAGAAUUAUUUCCUUCUGACUUGGAUUUGAUGCAAAUAAGUAGUGAAAGAAGCAAUGUUUCCCACAGCUGAUAUAAUAGGGGAAGAGUCACUGAAAGAUUUAAGAGAAGCAGGGGAAUAAUUUCCCAGGAUCAUACAACGGAGGCUGAUGCUGUUUAUUGUUUUCUCUUAUAAUAAACAAAAGAACAUAUAGGCAUGCCUGAAUUUGCUAAAAUGAAAUCUACAAUUCUGACUGAAGAAACCCCAAAUUGUGCAGAUUCAUUCACAUGUUACUUCCAUUUCUAAUGCAGUUUCUGUCAACUUUUUUUGAAUCAAGGCGCAAGGAAGCUGGGAAUGAGGCAUGUCUAAUGCUAUGCUGGCAGAGACCUGGAGGGAGUCUUAGCACCUGUAAAUCCUGCCCAAUCCCCUUCAUUCUUAGCUGUACUACAAUGCACCAGGCAGGUUACCUAUAUCUAUGCUUCACUUUCAAGUGUCUCUGGCAGCCUCUAUAUGCUAGUUAUAAGAAAAAGAUUGUGUUGACCAGCCUUCUCAUCCUUUUAAAUCUCCUUUUAAUUCAUUUGUGUGUACAAAAAGGAGUGUGAAAUAAAAUCCAGAAAUUUUAA